CGUAAGGCGGUUGUUAAAACCAGCUCCUGAAGAUCUGAUCUUCACUCUACAGCAGGCAGGGAUCAGAAGGGUGACGGUCGCUGGGGUUUUCCUGGAUGGGCAAAGGUCUGCAGCAGCACUUAUAGACAGAUCAUUUGGAGUCAGAGGAACGUGGAGGGUGUCGAAAUGUGGUGCCACCGCCUCCUCCUCCUGGCCACGCUGGCCAUCUCGGCCGCGGAGUCGGCCGGGCGGAUGAACGCCCUCGACGGGGCCGCCAUUUUCGCCGACCUCACCCCGCGCGAGAUGAGAAACGUGCGGGACUACCUGACGAACCGGCCGGAGCUGGGGCUCACCAGCGCCCGGAGCAAGAAGCUGGACAAGAACAGCAUCCUGCUGAUGGAGCUGCACCUGCCCCGCAAGCACGAGGCGCUGCGGGCGCUGGACCGGGGCCAGGCCAGGCCCGAACGCGAGGCCCGCGUGGUGGUCCAGUUCGGCGACCAGCCCCGGCCCAACGUCACCGAGUACGUCGUCUCGCCCCUGCCCAUACCCACGUCCCACCGCCGCAAGACCUUCAAGGGCGACCGCCCGAUCAAGUUCGAGUCGCGGCCCAUGACCUGGGCGGAGUACGCCCACGUCUACGCCUUGCUGGAGAAGGUCGCGCUGACGGCCCACGCGGUCUUGCUGGAGAGCACCGGCUUCGCCUUCCACAACUGCACCGACCGCUGCCUGACGUUCUCGGACAUAGCGCCCCGCGGGCUGGCCUCGGGCGAGCGCAGGAGCUGGAUCAUGCUCCAGAAGUUCGUGGAGGGGUACUUCCUGCACCCGGUGGGCUUCGAGGUGCUCAUCAACCACCGGAGCCUGGACCCGGAGCAGUGGACGGUGGAGAAGGUGUGGUACAACGGGCAGUACUUCGACAGCGUGGAGGAGCUGGUCGAGCGCUACGAGAGCGGGGAGAUGGAGAAGGCCAAGCUGCCGGAGCACGACGACGAGGACCUGUUCUCCACGUACGUCCCCCGCGGCCACAGCAACACGCGCACGGACAAACACGGGCCCAAGCUGGUCGAGCCCCAGGGGCCGCGCUACAACGUGGAGAGGAACUUUGUGGAGUACGCCGGCUGGUCCUUCGCCUACCGCGUGCGCUCCUCCGCCGGGCUCCAGGUCUUCGACCUGCGCUUCAACGGGGAGCGGAUAGCCUACGAGGUCAGUCUGCAAGAGGCCAUCGCCUUCUAUUCGGGCGACACCCCCGCCGCCAUGCAAACCAAGUACAUCGACGCCGGGUGGGCCAUGGGCACUUCGGACUACGAGCUUGCGCCCGGCAUCGACUGUCCGGAAAUCGCCACCUUCGUGGACCGGUACCACUACUAUGACACGGACAAGCCCAUCCGCUACAAGAACGCCCUCUGCAUUUUCGAGAUGACCACCGCCACGCCGCUCAGGCGGCACUUCAACAGCAACUUUUCGGGCGGCUACAACUUCUACGCCGGCCUGGAGAACCACGUCCUGGUGGUGCGGACGACGUCGACCGUGUACAACUACGACUACAUCUGGGACUUCCUGUUCUACCAGAACGGCGUGAUGGAGUCGCGGGUCAGCGCCACGGGCUACAUUCACGCCACGUUCUACACACCCGAGGGACUCCAGUACGGCACCCGGGUCUACAGCUACGUCCUGGGGAACCUCCACACGCACCUCAUUCACUAUAAAGUGGACCUGGACAUAGCAGGGCGGGAGAACAGCUUUGAGAGCCUCGGCCUGCGCUUCGAGAACAGGACCAACCCCUGGAGCCCAGAGCACACCAUAACGCAGUCGCGCCUCGUUCGCACCGCGCACACGACCGAGCGAAGCGCCGCCUUCCGCUUCGGCAGACCGUUCCCGGGCUACCUGCACUUCUACAACCCCAACCAGAAGAACCGGUGGGGUCACCAGAGGGGCUACCGCAUCCAGUACAACUCCCACGCCCACAGCGUCCUGCCCCGCGGCUACAAGGAGGAGAACGGCAUCCCGUGGUCCAGGUACCAACUGGCAGUAACACGCCACAAGGACAUUGAGGUGACCAGCAGCAGCAUAUACACCCAGAACGACCCUUGGGAGCCUGUGGUCUCCUUUGAGGACUACAUUCGCAACAACGAGGACAUUGUCAACCAGGAUCUGGUUGCCUGGGUAACGGUAGGCUUCCUACACAUCCCGCACUCCGAGGACAUUCCCAACACAGCCACGCCCGGGAAUUCUGUGGGCUUCUUCCUGCGUCCCUUCAACUUCUUCGACGAGGACCCGUCCCUAGCCUCCCGGAGCACCGUGAUCGUCCGGCCGGGGAAAGACAGGAAGCCCGAGAUACAGAGAUGGACCCCGGAGGUCGUGGGUCACUGCGUUUCGAACAAGCCAUUCACCUACGACGGCACGUACUCUGAAGUCUGACCCAUCCGCCUCCAGACAUUGUCUCUCCUCUCUGUGUGAAAGAUGUGACACAGAACCAUAGACUUUUUUUUUUUUUUACUGUUUCAGCUAAAUUAGCUUUACACUUAAAAUGAAAUCCAAUGACGAAUGUAAAUACAAUGGCGUUGUUCACAAAAUCUUGUUUCAAAUUUUUUGUUUUGUAGCAUCUGUGAUGUCACUGCAUUAAUGCCUGAAAUAAUAUUCAGCGUGUUUAUUUCUUUAUUCUUUUUUUACUAUUUUGUAUUAAAUGUUUACCUGCUAGUCAAAUACAAAAUUAUAUUUCAUGAAACAAACUUCCUGAAGCAAACUUCAUGAAAUGUGAUUGUUUCUAUUUUACACUUAAUUUUUACCAUGGCAUAUUAUACACUCACUGAGCACUUGUACACCAACUAACUCGUGCAAUUACCUAAUCAGCCAAUCGUGUGGCAGCAGUGCAAUUCACAAAAUCAUGCAGAUACAGGUCAGGAUCUUCAGUUAAUGUUCACAUCAACCAUCAGAAUGGGGGAAAAUCUUCAUUUUACCGUGGAAUGAUUGUUGGUGCCAGAUCUGCCGCUCUCCUGGGAUUUCCACGCACAUCAUUCUCUAAAGUUUGCUAAUAAACACCUAAUAAAGUGCUCACAGAGUAUAUUGUUCAGAACAUGCGUUUACUACACAUGUCCUCCAUUAACAUCUGAUUGAAAAACAAAUUACAUUGUAGACAUGUAGACAUGAGGUUAUUCUUUUGUAACAUUCUAUCCUGCUUUUGAUAUCUUCCGCAAUAUUGCCAUUCAAAGGUUGCAUUUUUAUGAAACAUGUAAGUGAUGUAUUCAAACUGUCAAUUCAGAAAAGGUUCAGUAACAACCUCACUUUUCAGUACAACAUCAAUAAAAAAAGGGGAUUUUAAUAAAAGACUAAAAUAGUUAUUUUUCUUUGUGCAAUGUCUCUAAGGGCAUCAUCAACCUUUAACGUUUGCUUUCCAGCCAAGUCCACAGUUUAGUUUUGAAAAAGGGAACAAAUUGGGUACUUUUUUUUAAGCCAAAGGUAUCAACAACAGAAAUAUUCAUGAAACUUUUAAGUUUGCUUUCCAGCAACCAAGUCCACACAGUUUAAGUCAAAAAGUUUAGUUUUGAAAAAGUGAAGAAAUUUGGCAGUUUUUGAGCCAAAGGCACCAACGUCAGAACUAUUCAGGAGCUGGGUGAUCCGACCCACCCCGGCUCCGGGACUCGUGUAGUUUGCAUGCUUACCUCCGUGUGAAC